AUGCCGUCAGAAGGUGAGGUGGUUCGUAUCACAGUGCUCACCAAGGAAUAUACAUCAAUCGAGACCUCCAGUGAUGUAUGGUACCAAUGCUACCGCAGUGUACAGCAUGCGGAUGCAUCAUUAUCAUUUGGACGAUCUGCGCCCAUAACAACCAGUAUAUUACCACCACCAUACAGAAGUCACCCUAACAAUGCACAAAUAAAGAUUGUUAAGUUCUCUGAUUAUGGGGAUUAUUGGCAUACAAACGGUUUUGGUCCCUUCUACUGUGAGGCUACUUCGGCUUGUGGAGAUGUAACAAGGGUCACUACAUUUUUCCAGAGAAGUGAUGCUAAGUUCAUACCAAGUGAUGGAGUGUUUACAAAGACAGUCAGUGUGGAUGACACAGGAGUAGUGAUCUCAAUGACUGAUCGAUACCAACCUGAUGAUGAUGGAAGUAUCACAUGGAGGAAAGAUGGUGGUGAUGUUCUUACACAAUUUGAAGGUCAGACCAAUAUCAGCUUCCCAAACCCAAUCCGGAUAUCAGACCAAGGGUUUUAUGAGAUCUACUAUGAUGGCGAGAGAGAUCAAAACAGAGGAGGAAUCGCCAGACUUAUCGUCAGGGAAUGUCCUGCCGGAAAGUGGGGUCCACCUAAAUGCCAAGGUGUCUGUGAUAACUGCUACAACGGUGGUGUCUGUGAUGAUAAAUCUGGUAUUUGCAUCUGCCCGAACAACUUCAAAGGAAAAAAUUGUUUAGAAAUUUGCAGGGAUGAUGGAGGGAAUAAUUUUGGAAUAGACUGUGAAUCUUAUUGCUCAUAUCGUAAUCUCCCAACGAGCUGUCGUACCUAUCUGUUUUGUCUACCUGAUCCUUAUGGAUGCUCAUGUGAUGUUGGUUCCCGAGGCCUUUCAUGUGAUAGUGAUUGUCUUGUUGGUACAUACGGUGCAGGAUGCUCGCAGACAUGUCACUGUGCAAAUGAAUCAUCGUGUGACCCUUUUAGUGGAAUAUGCACUACAGGUGGAUGUCAGCCGGGAUGGUCAGGGAACAAUUGUCAAAUUCCUGAUACAUGUAAAGCCGGUUACUAUGGACCUGAGUGUAUUGAUAAAUGUUAUUGCAUGGAUGAUGCAUCAUGUAAUAAAACAACAGGAGCAUGUCCUGAGGGAAAAUGUGCCGUGGGAUACAGCGUACACACAGACACUGAUACUUGUCAAGAGGACGAGCCUCCACUGUUUGAUUACUGUCCACUGAGUGUAAGCGUCAUUACGGAUCCUGGAAAAGCGACUGCACGCGUAUCUUGGCACGAACCUGUACUAUCCGACAACUUACCUCCACUGGUUUCUGUUAUGCCCGUUAUAAAUCGAAAUGAUAGCCUGUUUACGUUAUCAUGGUUAUACCGAGGCGGAUCGAUGUCCAAUACAGUGAACGGCAUGGAUUUCGAUAUAGGGAUAUAUAUCGUUAAGUACAACGUAACAGACAGCCUAGAUCAAGAGGUCGACAUAUGUUCGUUUGAAAUACACGUGAAAGACACUGAGGAUCCGGUUAUUACUGGUUGCCCGCCAUCCAUGACUGUACCCACGGAGGAUGGGACAAUGUAUGCUACUGUGUCGUGGAAUGCACCAAACGCAACUGAUAAUUCAAAUGAAGUUACACUGACUUUUAACGAGGAACACACCUGGAGUAAUUCUGGCUUGUUUCCCAUCGGGCUCACCCCUCUUUCUUACACAGCCGAAGACCCAUCAGGGAAUAGAGAAACUUGCACGUUCACUAUAUCCAUUAUAGAUGAAGAGGAACCUGUUAUAAAUGGCUGCCCACCUUCCAUGUCUGUAUUCAUGGAAACAGGUAGGGAUUACGCUACGGUGUCUUGGAUUGCACCAAAUGUAACGGACAAUUCUAAUAGCGUGACACUGACAUUCAAUGAAGCCAGCGCCUGGACAAAUGCUGACAACUUUCCUGAAGGAAUCACAUCUCUUUCCUAUACAGCUGAAGAUAUAGCUGGAAAUACAGCUACCUGUAUGUUCACCAUAUCAGUUAUAGAUAAAGAGGAACCUGUUAUACAUAACUGCCCUUCUUCGAUAUCUGUGGCAAUGGAAACAGGUCGGGAUUACGCUACAGUAUCUUGGGAUACACCAUUUGCAACGGACAAUUCUCAGAGGCCAACACUGAUAUUCAAUGAAGUCAACGCCUGGACAAAUCCUGACAACUUUCCUGAAGGAAUUACCUCUCUGUCAUAUACAGCUGAAGAUGCCGCUGGAAACAGAGCUACCUGCACGUUCAGCCUAACAGUUAUAGAUGAAGAGGAACCUGUUAUAAAUGGCUGCCCACCUUCCAUGUCUGUAUUCAUGGAAACAGGUAGGGAUUACGCUACGGUGUCUUGGAUUGCACCAAAUGUAACGGACAAUUCUAAUAGCGUGACACUGACAUUCAAUGAAGCCAGCGCCUGGACAAAUGCUGACAACUUUCCUGAAGGAAUCACAUCUCUUUCCUAUACAGCUGAAGAUAUAGCUGGAAAUACAGCUACCUGUAUGUUCACCAUAUCAGUUAUAGAUAAAGAGGAACCUGUUAUACAUUACUGCCCUUCUUCGAUAUCUGUGGCAAUGGAAACAGGUCGGGAUUACGCUACAGUAUCUUGGGAUACACCAUUUGCAACGGACAAUUCUCAGAGGGCAACACUGAUAUUCAAUGAAGUCAACGCCUGGACAAAUCCUGACAACUUUCCUGAAGGAAUUACCUCUCUGUCAUAUACAGCUGAAGAUGCCGCUGGAAACAGAGCUACCUGCACGUUCAGCCUAACAGUUAUAGAUAACGAAGAGCCUGUAAUAAACGAUUGCCCACUUACACAGUCUGUUAGCACGGAUCCUGGUCAGAAUUUUGCUACAGUCUCAUGGGAAGAACCUACUGUGAUGGAUAACUCGGAUCAAAACGUUGGUCUCGCAUUCAUGGGGAAUGGAAGAAAUGGCGGCACCUUUCCACUGGGAAUAACUACCCUUUCUUAUACAGCAACUGAUGCCAACGAAAACACAGCAACAUGCAUGUUUUUAAUUGUUGUCAGGGAUAACGAAGACCCUGUAAUAAACGAUUGCCCACUUACACAGUCUGUUAGCACAGAUCCUGGUCAGAAAUUUGCUAUAGUCUCAUGGGACGAACCUACUGCGAUGGACAACUCGGAUCGAAACGUUGGCCUCGCAUUCAUGGGGAAUGGAAGAAAUGGCGGCAACUUUCCACUGGGAAUAACUACCCUUUCUUAUACAGCAACUGAUGCCCACGAAAACACAGCAACAUGUAUGUUUUCAAUUGUUGUCAGUGAUAAUGAAGCCCCGGUUAUCACCAAUUGUCCAUCUGCCAAGACUAAAACAUCAGACGUCGGAUCUGAAACAGCAACAGUUCAUUGGCCCGAACCCAUCGAAUCAGAUAAUUCCGGAAACGUGACAUUGGAUUUAAGUCAUGGAAGCGGAGAUUCAUUCGCCAUAGGCCAAACCCUGGUGACAUACACCGCGCGAGAUCUCAGUGGAAACAUGGCAACAUGUACAUUUGUUAUAUCGGUGACGGCUCCACCCGGAUGCGUUAACGAUGGUGAGUGCGGAGAGGCAGAAACUUGUGUGCGGAGCUUAUGCCACUGUGCAACCGGCUUCAUUCGACUCCGCGGUGCUGAAAGUUCUUGCACCGCGAUGAACAUGUAUAAAAUACAAAUAACAGCUCUCGCGGAAAACGACGUCGAGUAUCAAUUCUCGGCCGAGUUGAACAAUCCAAAUUCUGAUGCAUUCCAAGCAGUCGCCAAUUCAUUCAAAGUCGUGAUGAUGGAAAACACCCCAAACAUUCUUGAUAUUCAAGUUAAUCAAAUGAUGAGCGGGAGCAUCAUCUUUCUAGCCGACGUCACUACCGAGUCUUCUACAACGAUUUUCCAACUUGAACAAGACAUACAUAAUGCCAUUCAAACUGGCUCUGCUACUGCAGGACCAACCACCAUGUUUUUUGCUCCCAGUGACACAGUCAUAUCUGAUUUCAAUGAAUGUGCAAGCUUGACAACGAACGGUUGUUCGUCAAACGCGGACUGUACUAACACGGAUGGGUCUUACACCUGCACCUGUCAACAUGGUUACACGGAUGUAUCACCAGCUGCAGUUGGUCCUGGUAGAGUAUGUGAAUUCACCUCCGCUGGCAACGUGCUUGGUGUGGGUGGAUUGGUUGGAUUAGCUGUAGGAGCCUGUGUUCUCGUUGUCACAUUUUUGCUCUGCUGCAUGUUUGCCUUAAGAACGAACCGCAAGGGCAUGAAGGAUGGGGUAAGUAUAUUUCUCACUCUGUCAGUUAUACACUGCAAGAACUCCGAUGUUGAUUUAACACUUUUUUCGGAACCUAUAUACGUCCACACCAGAAAAGUAUUGAAUGAACACCAGAUUGGAAUCAAACCGAUACUGUUUUAA